GCGGCUGUCCGUGGUGCUGAUGGGAGGACUGACGCUCUCGUGCAGCCGCUACUGCGCAUGUUGCAUGACAGGUACACGCAAGCCUCCAUCUUGGGUAUCCCGAGCUGAGGCGAAAGGGCAGCAGCCAUAUACACACUUAUUCCAAAAUAACAACAAACUGCGCGCGGAAUUAUUAUUAAAAAAAUUGGCAAUUUGCCGAGAUGUAACUUUUUUUUUCUAAAACCCAAUGAAUACAUCGCUGCAGUGAGGAGAGCGGAGAACAGAAUGGGAAAGAAGGAGAGCCACUGGUCUGGGAGGCUCCUUUAACCACUAUCUGCUGUCAGCUUUACUGGGUCUAGUUGUCUAAGGAACUGACAGGUGACGAAGCCAAACGGCAAACUGCACAUCAGAAUGAGUAUGAAGAAGAUCGCUGUCUUUCUCCUGAUCCUCUCUCUGUGUCUAGAGGGAGGAUCUGCCAAAGAAAAAGGAGCAAAGAAAGGGAAAAAGAAAGGGAAGCAGGUUUACUGUCCAUCACAGCUGUCAUCUGAGGAUCUGGCCCGAGUCCCGGCGAAUUCAACCAGUAACAUCUUGAACAGGUUACUGAUCAGCUAUGAUCCCAGAAUAAGGCCCAACUUCAAAGGAAUUCCUGUGGAAGACCGAGUGAACAUUUUUAUCAACAGCUUUGGCUCGAUUCAAGAAACGACCAUGGAUUACAGAGUCAACAUCUUCCUGCGGCAGCGCUGGAAUGACCCAAGGCUGAAGCUGCCUCAGGACUUCAAGUCUGAUUCUCUCACUGUUGAUCCCAAGAUGUUCAAAUGUCUCUGGAAGCCCGACCUGUUCUUUGCUAAUGAGAAAAGUGCCAACUUUCAUGAUGUUACCCAGGAAAACAUUCUCCUUUUCAUCUUCCGUAAUGGAGACGUCCUGAUCAGUAUGAGAUUGUCUAUCACCCUCUUUUGUCCACUGGACCUGACAUUGUUCCCUAUGGACACACAGAGGUGUAAAAUGCAACUUGAAAGCUUUGGAUACACUACAGACGACCUUCAGUUCAUGUGGCAGGCAGGAGACCCAGUGCAAAUGGAGGCCAUUGCUCUGCCACAGUUUGACAUAAGACAAGAAGAUAUUGAUUAUGGGAACUGCACCAAAUACUAUGCAGGAACAGGUUACUACACUUGUGUGGAGGUCAUCUUCACCCUAAGACGGCAGGUUGGUUUCUACAUGAUGGGUGUUUACGCCCCCACUCUGCUCAUCGUCGUCCUCUCCUGGCUGUCUUUCUGGAUCAAUCCUGAUGCGAGUGCUGCCAGGGUCCCUUUGGGAAUCCUCUCGGUGCUCUCUUUGUCCUCUGAGUGCACCUCCUUGGCUUCAGAGCUGCCCAAGGUGUCCUAUGUUAAGGCCAUCGACAUCUGGCUCAUCGCUUGCCUGCUGUUUGGUUUCGCCUCACUGGUGGAGUACGCUGUGGUUCAGGUCAUGCUCAACAGCCCGAAGCGCAUUGAGGCAGAAAAGGCCAGGAUAGCAUCCAAGGAGAAGGCUACAGGAAGGAGCCCUGCUGCCAGGAACAACACGGUCAACGGGACCGGAGGGACCCCUCUUCACGUCAGCACCUUGCAUGUGGCAGAGACUCGCUGCAAGAAGGUGUGCACCUCUAAAUCAGACCUGCGGACCAAUGACUUCAGCAUAGUGGGCUCUCUCCCGCGAGACUUUGAGCUAUCAAAUUUUGACUGCUAUGGGAAGCCCAUUGAUACUGGCGCUGGUCUCGGCAAAUCCCUGGCCAAGAACAACAAAAAGCCUCCUCCUCCGAAACCCGUCAUCCCAUCUGCUGCCAAAAGAAUUGAUCUGUACUCCCGAGCCCUCUUCCCUUUCUCCUUCCUCUUCUUUAACGUGAUUUACUGGUCCAUAUACUUGUGAUUACCUUGAAAUUAUCUUGAAUUAUGAACCCCCCACUUCAGUCCCAUGAGUCCUCUGUUGAUCAGAUUACACUGAGAAAGUUGGAUUCCAGAAUGAACAGUCCAUACAGAAUGAUGGCUGAGAAGAAAUGAAAAUUAUUGAUUACUGCUAUUCUAUUUGUCCUUACAUUCAUCAUUUGUGUAUUAAACUAUGAUUAUAACUUCAUCUAUCUUUGCCUAAAAUGGAUAUAUAGCAUCUUGUAUUGAAACAAUCUAUUAAUCAUGGUACUUGAGAGGUGAAUGCAGGAUUGCAGAUAUAACUGUUGUGAUGAAUGGUGUGUAAACAAAUCUGUAAAGAUUGUCUAACAGCUGAGCAGAAGAUGCACAGAUCUAUAAAAGAACAUUUGUAAAUAGCUAUAUGAUUUUUUUCCCUUGCAAAGUGGGAGUCUUCCAGCAAGUUCAAUAAGUUAAAGCAUUUUAUUUAAGCUUUGAUGCAAAUUAUAAUUACAUUGCAUGUAA